AUGCAAUAUGAUGAUAAUGAAAUUAUUUUGAGACUGCUGAAUGUGAUUUUAUGUUGCAUUUUCUUGUGUUAUUUCUCACUUGUCCCUCUUUCCUUACCCUCAGUGCCACCAGCAAGAAUUAAUUCUUGGAAAUGGAUCAGUAAGAUGAAGUAUUCCUUCUCUUGUACUGUCAUGGAAGAUGAAUUGACAUGUCCUGUGUGCUUGGAACUUUUUGCUGAUCCAUUGAUGCUACCAUGUUCACACAGCAUCUGUAAAAAAUGUCUGCAGGAUAUUUUACAUUCUAAUAUCAAAAUGGGAAGAGAAGGUAUUCAAUGUCCAGCUUGUCGUAAAAGUUUAGUAAUAACAAAAGAGAAGAUCUGCAAGUUACCACGGAACUUGGCUCUUGAGAAUAUUGUUAUUCGCUUUCAGGAAAUCCAGAGCAACACUUUGACCAAAACAAAGUCUCUUGACCUUUCUUCAGAUGUGCAAUUCUCUUUGAAUCAAAGUGACUCUGACAUUCCUGUUUUUGUUGAGGAAACAGAUGAACUGUGUGAAUUAUGUGAGGGAAAGUUCUGUGCCCGGGCAGAAUGGUUUUGUGAACAGUGUGCAGUGCUCUACUGCAAUGAAUGCCUUGAGAAGUUUCACCCACGUCGAGGCUCUCUCAGCCAGCAUCGGCUCCGAAAGCCACAUAAAAGUGAAUCUGAAAACAAACCAGCUUUUUGCAGUGACCACAACUCUGAAGUGGCCAGUGUAUUCUGUGAUCAGUGUAAGUUGUUAGUUUGCCAUUUGUGUGUCUGUGAUGGAAUUGGUAAACAUUCAGGACACAAGAUUCUCUCUCAAGAUGUUGCUUCACAGCAAAUUAAGGAUUCAGUUGGCAAAACAAAGGAACAGUUGGAUGGACUCAUGUCAAAGAUCACUGAACAAACAUCAAAAAUAGAAGAUACAAAAGAAGAAAUUCAGACUUUACAUUCAGAAGCCAUGAAAAAGAUAGAGAAUCAGUAUUGUCGUUUGUUGGAAGAUGUGGCUUCGAUUAUCCAUCAGCAGAAAGAUCUUCACUUGAAAAAUUUAAAUGAGAAGAAAGAAAAGUCUAUUAAUGCUCUUGAGACUUACCUGAAUAAUAAUCUAACAAAAGCCAAGUCAAUGGAAAACAUGACGGAAAUGUGUAAAAAGUUACUUGAUGAGGAUCAUGUGAAAGGCAUUUUGGAGCAAGCCUCAGAGGUCAGCCCAAUUGUGGAAAAAGUAGAAAAACUCUGUGAUGAAAUGAAACAAAAUGAAAGUGAGUAUUUGGAGCUUGUUGCAGAUAAUUCGAUUCAACAAAGUUUGCGUUCAUCUGUUGCUCAAUUUCGUAACAAUAUCACAGACAAUUUACAACUUCUUCUGGCUAAGAAAAAUAUUAAACUCUUUUUUUCUCUCUCUCUGUUUUUUUUUUCUCUCUCUCUCUCUCUCUGUUUUUUUUCUCUCUCUGUUUUUUUUCUCUCUCUGUUUUUUUUCUCUCUCUGUUUUUUUUCUCUCUCUGUUUUUUUUCUCUCUCUGUUUUUUUUUUCUCUCUCUCUGUUUUUUUUCUCUCUCUCUCUGUUUUUUCUCUCUCUCUCUGUUUUUUCUCUCUCUCUCUGUUUUUUUCUCUCUCUCUCUGUUUUUUUUCUCUCUCUCUGUUUUUUUUCUCUCUCUCUCUGUUUUUUUCUCUCUCUCUGUUUUUCUCUCUCUCUCUUUUUUUUCUCUCUCUCUUUUUUUUUUUUCUCUCUCUCUGUUUUUUUUCUCUCUCUCUCUGUUUUUUUCACUCUCUCUGUUUUCUUUUCACUCUCUCUGUUUUCUUUUCACUCUCCCUGUCUUUUCGUCUCUCCCUGUCUUUUCGUCUCUCCCUGUCUUUUUCGUCUCUCCCUGUCUUUUUCUCUCUCCCUGUCUUUUCGUCUCUCCCUGUCUUUUCGUCUCUCCCUGUCUUUUCGUCUCUCCCUGUCUUUUCGUCUCUCCCUGUCUUUUCGUCUCUCCCUGUCUUUUCGUCUCUCCCUGUCUUUUCGUCUCUCCCUGUCUUUUCGUCUCUCCCUGUCUCUCUCUCUCUCUCUUUGUCUCUCUCUCUCUCUCUCUUUGUCUCUCUCUCUCUCUCUCUUGUCUCUCUCUCUUGUCUCUCUCUCUCUCUUUGUCUCUCUCUCUCUCUCUCUUUGUCUCUCUCUCUCUCUCUCUUUGUCUCUCUCUCUCUCUCUCUUUGUCUCUCUCUCUCUCUCUUUCUCUCUCUCUCUCUUUGUCUCUCUCUCUCUCUCUCUUUCUCUCUCUCUCUUUGUCUCUCUCUCUCUCUCUCUUUGUCUCUCUCUCUCUCAUCCACAUUCUCUCACUCACACACACGCUAUAAUCAUGGUUCAUCAUGAAAAAAUAAAAACAACAAAAAAUACUUUUAUAUGUUUAUCCCCAUCUCUGCCUGUCUCUUUUUUUAUCCCCCCCCGUUUCUGCCUGUCUCUUUUUUUAUCCCCCUGUUUCUGCCUGUCUUUUUUUAUCCCCCGUCUCUGCCUGUCUCUUUUUUUAUCCCCCUGUCUCUGCCUGUCUCUUUUUUAUCCCCCCUGUCUCUGCCUGUCUCUUUUUUAUCCCCCUGUCUCUGCCUGUCUCUUUUUUUAUCCCCCUGUCUCUGCCUGUCUCUUUUUUAUCCCCCGUCUCUGCCUGUCUUUUUUUAUCCCCCCGUCUCUGCCUGUCUCUUUUUUAUCACCCCUGUCUCUGCCUGUCUCUUUCUUUUUUAUGCCCUAUGAUGAUGAAUGCAAAUGUCAAAGUAUUGUUCCCAUCAUGCAGACUCCAGCUUCUCCAGGCAAAGGGGAUGGCCCUAGGGUGCAGAACAAAUGCCUCAUGACUUGGGGAUUCACUUCUACAACGUUCACAGCAGAAACAUUGGACAGCAAUGCAUUUUGGUCAGUGACUAUUGAGCGCAAUUCUGCCCAGAUUGGUGACCUCAAGUCUGGUUAUGUGUUUGGUGCUGGGAUUGCCUCAGAACGUCUCAACUACAAAGACCAGGUUGGCAUCCAUAAAAAAUCAGUCGGUAUCAUCUGCAACAAUGGCAGCAUCCAGUUCUGUCAGAACGGGGUCUGUGAACUCCUUAUGAUGCUGGAAGGGUUGCCCCUUUCGGUCACUCUCUUUGUUCGACUUGACUAUCUUUCUCCAUGA